AUGGAAAGCGGCAACACUAGUGAACCGACGCGCGCACACGAUCCUGAAACGGAGAAUGAUCGAUUCGAUGAUAAUACGGAAGAAGGACUCAGUCCCAGGCGGAGGAGCACGUUUGGCAGGAUGACACCUGGGAACCGGUCAAGGAGGAGCAGCGUCUGGCAGGACGAUGCGACGGAAGGAUAUGGCUUCAUGCGGAGGGGCACAUUUGGCAAGGUGAUCUCUGGCAGCCGGUCAAGGAGGAGUAGUGUCCGACAGGAAGAUUCGACGGAGGGACAUGGCUUCAUGCGGCGGGGCACGUUUGGCUUUAACCUGUUUAGCCGCUCGAGGAAGAACAGCGAGCAGCAUGAUGGCCCUACCAGACAAAACUCGACGGUUCAUGAUGGCGGCGGCGGCGUCAGUGAGGUGGUUGCCGAUCCCGUUGGGGUUGCCGACCCCGUUGGUCAAAGCCCCGGCGAGACCCAGGCAGGCAAUGAGAAUGCCUUGGACAAGACACCUAGCCAGAGACAAGAUGGACAUGAGCCAACAAGCCGUGAUAUCGAGAUGCAGGACGGACAGAACGGGACGGCUGAAACACCCCCUCAUUCUGCGGUGCAGGUGUCCAAGGCCGCGACGGAGUUGUAUACCCUAUCGUACCUCGUCUUCUUCGCCAUCUUUGGCACACUCGCUCGCCUAGGACUCCAAGCUCUAACGACGUAUCCCGACGCACCUGUGUCGUUUGGGGUUCUAUGGGCCAACGUUGGGGGUAGUUUAGUCAUGGGCUUCUUGGCGGAAGACAGGAAGCUCUUCCGGUAUGAAUGGGGCACAGCGACGUACGACGAGGCUGUCAAACGGGCGCGUGGGCAGCGAGACUCCGAGGCAACCGCAGCGUCAGCGGUAGACCUUGCUGCAGCAAAAAAGGCACAUUUGGCGACGAAGAAGACGAUUCCGCUAUACAUUGGCCUUGCGACAGGCUUUUGCGGUUCCUUCACGUCUUUCUCUUCAUUCAUCCGCGACGUCUUUCUCGCCAUGAGCAAUGAUCUUCCCGGCGCCGGUGGCGUGGUCCCUACGCCCCGCAACGGGGGAUACUCCUUCAUGGCCCUGUUAGCCGUUAUAAUCACAACCGUAAGCCUCUCACUCUCUGCGCUCUUUGUCGGCGGGCAUCUCGCGGCCGCUCUCGAGCCGAUCAUCCCUUCUAUCCCGUACCCGUUCAGUCGCAGAAUUCUCGAUCGCGCGGCAGUGCUGCUGGGUUGGGGUAGUUGGCUUGGCGCUAUUUUCCUCUCCAUCUGGCCGCCCCACGACGCCUGGCGCGGUCAGGCCGUUUUCUCACUAGUGUUCGCGCCGCUGGGCUGUCUGGCAAGGUUCUAUGUGAGCCUCUGGCUCAACUCGCGCAUUACGACGUUUCCCUUGGGUACUUUUACCGUCAAUAUCGCCGGCGUCGCCGUGCUCGGCAUGUGCUGGGACCUAGGGCACGCGGGUAUCGGCGGCCUUGUGGGGUGUCAAGUGCUACAGGGUGUCGAGGAUGGUUUCUGCGGGUGCUUGACUACGGUAUCGACGUGGGUUGCGGAGCUGGCGGCAUUGAGGAGGCGCCAUGCGUAUGUCUAUGGUGCUGCCAGCGUUGUGGCUGGUUUCGCCAUCAUGGUUGUCAUUAUGGGUGGCCUUCGAUGGUCGGACGGCUUUCAGCCAUUGAUGUGCAUCCACUGA